GUGCACUUUGUCACCUGCGAAUCGUUUGACCAGGCUGUGUGGGUGAAACAAGCAACGUCUAUGGGUGAUCGGAAUACCCUCAUCGUGCGAUCGGAACCAGACGCACAGAUUCCGACGGACGGGCCAACAAGGCCAGAGAUUCCGACGCUGAUUCUGUCCCAGAAAGAAAGGGGGAAGCGAUCUCUCAGCGGGCUGCCAAAAUGGCAGGGGGAAGAGACGGGGAGCGAGAAAAAACAAUAACAAACAUCAACAACAACAACAACAUCAACAACAACAACAACAACAAAGCACAAAAGGGAAAAACACUGGCGCUUGGAAACACCAUCGCGGCGGUUAGUGUUAUUUUGCUAUAGAACUGUCACUUCAUACCUGAACACAUUGCAUUGCCAGUUUACCCUGAAGUUUCCUGCCAGUUGAUCAGUUGGAAAGCGCACAGAUGAUGACACCUUUCAAGUUUGGUAAGAAGAAGCAUAAAGAGGCCGACACUCCCCAGAAGAGAGCAGCCAGUGGAGAAGGCCACUCUCCACAGACGUCGAUGAACUCUGCGGGAUCGAAGGCCCAAGGAUCGCCAUCGCUGCCCAAGGGACUGCCUUCGCAGUCGUCGUCGUCAAUAACCACUGGACAGCAGUUCCAGAAUGUGAAUGCCACGCCGCUCGGGUUUGAUCACAACAACAACAUCUACAACCAGAGAUCCCCACAGCGUGGCAACGUUGCACCGUCACCCCACCAGAGACAGUUCGGUUCCGCGCCAGCGUAUGAUCCAUUCCAACAGCAGCAGAAUGGCUUUAACCAGAAUCAGCAAGGGAACUUUCAACAGUCGUCUCCUUCGCAAUCACACUUCCAGUACAAGCCAAACACACCGUGGUCAAGAACCAAGUUGCUGUUUAGUCCAUUCCCACGGUAUAGACACGGUGCCUCUCAGCAUGCGAAUGAAAGAAACGAACUGUUUGUCAUGGGCGGACUUCACAACACUUCGGUGUAUGGCGAUACAUGGAUCAUUAAGCAGGACCAGGAAACCGGUCAAUUCCAGACCCUGCAGGUGGAAAUAUCAGACAAUUCACCUUCACCUCGAGUUGGACAUGCCUCCACCACUUGUGGUAACGCGUUUGUUGUUUUCGGUGGUGACACAGUGACAAACGACGACGGUGAGAUUGAUAACGACCUGUACUUGUUCAAUACCAGCUCACACACCUGGACCAUUCCAAGGCCCACUGGAAGAAAACCUACUGGAAGGUAUGGCCAUACCAUUGGCGUGAUCUCGGUUAGAAACUUUGAUUCUAAGCUGUUUUUGUACGGUGGCCAGUUGGACGAUGCCAUCCAUAACGACUUGGUCAUGUUCAACCUUAGUUCAUUCCGUCGUCCAGAUUGCCAUUGGGAAUGGAUAACACCUGCUGAUCCUGUGAGACCUCCUCCAUUGACAAAUCAUACGAUGGACGUGUACGACAACAAAUUGUGGUUGUUUGGUGGCUCAACAGGCCACAAGCUAGUAAACGACCUUUGGGUUUACGAUCCUGCGUCAAACAAAUGGGACAAUCCAAAGACAUUCGGCACACCACCACCCCCGGUUGAGGAGCACGCUUCUGUUAUCCAUAAAGACUGUUUGAUCAUCUAUGGAGGCAAAGAUUCUGCAGGUCAAGCGUUCCAAGAUUUCUUCUUUUUGAAUCUGAUAACAAAGACUUGGUUUGUGAUGAAUCGUUACCCAUUAUCACCACAGGGCAAAUAUGGUCAUACCCUGUCAAUCACCAAGGAUAACAAACUCUUGGUGCUUGGUGGUCAAUUGGCAGAAUACGCAAGACUAGGUGAGAAUUUGGAACCAUCAGAAGAGGAUAACGGCGUUGGUACGUUGCUCACGAUGUUGGAUGUUUCAAACCUGGAGAGACUUGUUCCAGGACUACAGCAGUACGGCACACCUGCUAAUAGUUCAAACCAGGAGAGAUUCGCUGGCUCCUCAAUAUUUACCCCAGCUUCUGUUAAAAACUUAUCACCUGAAAAGAAAAUGCUACCAUCUCCUGGUAACUUUGACAAUGCAAACAAUUCAAGAGGAACACCUGGAUUGAAAGGUGCGACUGUUAUUGGAACUGGUGUUGCUACAGGGACUGCUGUUGGCACUGCUUGGAAUGCUAAAAAUGCAGAGGCUGUUUAUAACAGAGAACACGAAGCAGAACCAUUACCGUCCGAUCUCAGCCAUUCAACAACUACACAUCAGAGUGAUACAGAAACAAAAUCACCGGAUGAUGAUGCAAUGACACCAAAACGUUCUGUUGUAUCCGUGGACGAUGAUGUUGAUUUACCAUUGCAGAUGCCUGCUCCGUUAACCAAUUCGAAAGUUGAUGUUCCUGCUCCAACUUCCAGCGAGAACUCUACUGUGCCGUUACCGGGUGCUUUGUCAAAGGAUAUAGAGAAUUCUGUGAAUUCAGGAAAUUCACUUGAUAUUCACAAAGACAAUGGUUCAUCUAAACCAUAUGGCAUGCACAGUACUGCUAGAAGCUCCGACAUUUUGGAUAGCUACACCGCAUAUUCUCCUGCAACUAUUGACGAAGAUAACGAUGAUACUCCAAGAGCUAGUGUUCUUGAUCAUGUACCAUCGUCCAAUGUUGAUGGUGAUAUGACUGGUACAUCCAAUGAGACCACUCAUGGGAUCAGUACUGCUGUAGGAACAGCAGCAACAGCAGGCGUUGCAGGACUCUUAGGUGCUGUAACUGUUGGAACUAGUUCAAAAAACAACGUCACCGGUGCUAAUGUUGGGUCUCUGAAUAAGUCGGCAAUUCAGACGUCAUCUGCCGGUACUGUCUCCGGAAUUUCUUCUGAUGAGAAGCAGCGUUACAAAGAAGUUAUUGAUGCUCUGUCCAAGGAACUGGAUGCUUUGAAGUUGUCAACCACGGAGAGUGUCAAAGCUGCAAGUGAUAAGAUCAACAGUCUUGAGACAGAGAAUAUUAAGUUGAAGGAACAGAUUAAUGGGACAUACCCAAAGGAGAUUCAAGAUGAUGACGAGAACAGUGUGAAGAGAAGAUUCAUUAAACUGGAUACUGAUUAUCAAUUACUCAACAAAGAGCAUGAAAAGGCUAAAGCCAGAUCCACUGAAGUUGAAUCGGUGUUCACACAGAAUCUUAUCGAUCUCCAGAAGUUGAAUAGUAUUAUUCAGAGUCAACAAGAGACAAUUGAAUCUCAAGAGCAAGCAUUGGAAUUGGCAAAGACUCACGAAAGUGAAGUAAACGAACUAAAAUCGAAACUUGAAAUUUUGGAGAAGGAGAAGGCAGAGUUAUUAGAGGCAAAUCAGAAAGCUUUAAGUGAGUCACAUGAAGAAGUGAAGAAAUUAAAUGUUGGACUUUCCACAUUUCUUGCACAAUAUUUGUCUAAGGAUGAGACUACCGGUGAGUAUGUUUCCAAAUCUUUGGCAACAUCCCCUCAGAAUGACGAGACUGCAACUUCGCUUCAAUCCCACAUUGAUGAACUAUUGAAAGAGAAUGAACAAAUUUCACAAUCAAAAGCAUCUUUGGAACGUGAAAUCGCUGACUCUAAAAAGUACGCUUCUGAGGUUGAGACCUUGAAAUUGAAAUUAGCUGAACUUUCGAAAAUUGAGGACAGUUACAAAGAAUCUGUAUACUCGGUCAACACUGCCAAUAGAGCCUUGCAGAUUUCUCAAAGUGAACUUACGAAGGAAAAGGAGUUGAACUCCAAACUGCAAAAUGAGCUUGACGAAUUGAGAUUGUUUGGAUCCAAAAAGACAUCGAGAAAUGUAACCCCUAUUGUUAAUGACUUUAGCAACAAGGAUAAUGAUGAAGAUAACGACGUAACCAAUGCUCGUUACAACCUCAAGAUUCGUGAUUUACAAGCUGAGCUGUACAUCAUCAAAAAGGAAAGAGACGACUUGAAAGACGAGGCUCUGUCUCUCAAGAAGAAACUCUACAACGCCACAAAUCCAUAACUUGUAUAAUUAUAAUAGUAUUAAGAAACCCUUACACCAAUUAAUAAUAAACCAAUGGAAAACAAUUGCAAAAUUAAGUUGUCAUAAACAAGUAAAAAAAACUAAAUACAAGGGUA